AUGCACAGAAUAAACGAUCGGUUUUCGAUAAUUGAUGGCUGGUUGAUUGAUCCAAAAAAAAAAGCUUUGGUGAACCCCAAAGAAGUUGAUGCGCCACAAAAUUUCAUAUACAAGCAUCAUCUAAUAGAUUGGGACGAAGUUUAUGAUGAAGAAUUCAACAUAUAUUGUGAAGAUGACGUAACUUUGUUCGAAGUGGUAGAGACAGAUGAAUAUUGGUUCCAAAUAGAUCCUAUCGCUGGCGCGAUUUUGAAGGUUUCCCGAGUGGAUUUGGGUGAUUUUACAUGUUUGCGGUGCCAUAAACUAUCAGUGGGGACCAAAAAAACACUUUACAUUCAUUGCCAUCCCUAUGAAAAAAACACACCAAGGACUUGCCAGAUGAAGUAUAUGCACAGGGAUUCAAAGCAACACUAUUAUCCUUUAUGCAGUUUCAAGGGUGAAAAAUUUACUGAAAUCGAAGGAUUUGUGAUUAAGUUGAACAAGUAUAUCAGAAAGCCCCCCAAGUUGAUUGAACAAACUCUAUUUGAUCCCUUAUCAUCCAACGAAAAGGAAGGUGUCUUAUCUGUCAAUGAUUGGUACGCACUAAGAAAUUUUUUUAAGGGUAAAUCCCUCAUAUAUCUUAGAUUGAUCAAUUCGAAUUUUCUUAUUGUUAAAGACAUUACAUUAUUUCACUUGUCUUUUCAGCAGACUUUAGUAAAACUGGAAAAAAAAAACGACUUUUAUACUUGUGAAGAAUAUGGUGGUCAAGAAGCUAUUGAUCAUGCAUCAAUACAUUUAGCAAUUCCAAUUAUUUGUCAUAAUGAUCACAUAAAAUACAUUGUCUGGAAACAACCCAUUUUCCCAACGCAAAAUUUUGAUGCAGAAAGCGUUGACAGCCAAUUGAAUCUGGAAGUAAGAAUUGCGGAUCGUUUGCUGAAUAAUGAAAUUAUAACAUUAGAAAAGCACUUCCUUCGAGAUAGAAAGUUCUCAAUGACACAUCAAAUGGAUGACCAAGGUAUUACUGAUUCGAUUGCAUCCACUUACACAGUUCUUAGUGAACAAAUUGUUAGACGGAAAUGCGGAUCACUUUUAAACCAAAUUAUUAUCCAAUGCAAGAUAAAGGAUACUGCUACAACGUUGGCCAAACGAGAUUCCACCUUUGAUCAGCUCUCAAAGCUAAUAUCUAAUUUUUGUUUCACAGAAUCAAUGGCUAGGUUACAAUGGUGGCAAGAGUGUAUACGAAAUGAAUUUGAUAUACCUGGUUUCGACAACUAUCACCAAAGUUGCAAUGACAUGCAGCGAAACGUAGAUAAGGCAAUCGAGUUUUUUUUGCCUGUGCUGAUAACGCAACAUCAGAAGACUUUUCAAAGACAUUUAGUGUGCGAGCCUGACCAUCCAGAAAUUUCCAAGAGAUACUUGUUUGUUGACAAAUUCAUAGUCGAUGUCUCUGAAAGAAGAGUAGUAAAUCCGUUAAGUCAUGACAUUUUCCAAAUAACAAGCUUUAGAAAUGCAAAAUUAAACAUAAGCAAUGGUAUUUUGGACUGGAGUUCCUUCAUAUUCGAUAGUAUGCCGUAUCCAGUGUUCUCACCAACUUUGUUUACGUUGGUGGAGACGGAAGAAUUAGAACUUACAUGGGAUGAAAGUUCACAGGCGUUUGUCAAAGUUGAUCGCGCAACUAAUGUUGAUACACAUUCAAUUGUGCGAAGAAAAGGGAUACAAUUAGAUUUGCCAUCAUACGGUAAAAAGUAUUUAUAUCAAGGCAAACCGGAGGAUUUAGAAAGAUCGAAGCUUCCACCAGAUCUAAAUAACUUAGUAUCUGUCCACGGAUACAAAGAUUCAGAAAGGCUGAGAUUCAUGUGGAGUGAAAUGGAACGGAUCAAGUCGCUUUAUGAACAACGCAAUUUAGUUGAAGAGUCUUUUUAUUAUUAUCUUGAAGUCUUGAACUUUGGAAGCAUAUUCAACGAUAACGAAUAA